CUUCAUCAUUAACUUCUCUACUUCGUGGCAACGCCCAUUCGUCAUCACAUAGCUUUACUUUACGCUUCGAUUCUAAUCCUUCUUCCUUUACUUCGCUGCUGUAUUAGAUUAGGAUGAGGUUGUGUUGUCGGUAUCUACAAACUUCACGAACAGCUUCAUCUUGCGUGGUCUAGCUACGCGCGUGACGACCCGGCCAUUGAUACAAUCUCUCAACCUCAGUUUUAACUGGCUAGCGCCUGUACUUGGUCAUUAUGAAUCCUGCCGGCAGCUCGACGAGCGAGACCAUCACCAGUCUGAACUCUGCGCGCGCCAUUGCGCUCAAUGACCCGAACUAUUACUCACAGAUCCUCCCUGCCAUCAUUCCCAUCACCGGUCCUCAAGCUGCAAUCGAACUACAGAGAUGGGGUGCAGAAUUCAUUGCGGAAACUUUUGCGUCGCCCAUUCUCGGGGCAGAGCAGAAGCGUGAACUCAGUCUUCAGGUCUUAGAUAGGCUCAAAGAGCUCCUGGACUCCCCAGGCGUGGAUACGAAUGUGCUGAAAGGUGCCGUUCAGGCUGCGGCCAGCAUAUAUCCGCACGUCUUGAGACAUACGAUCAAGAACCCAUCGGACGAAGCGACAUGGCAAAAAAUAGCUGCAAUCAAGUCAAACAUCCUCCGUAGGAUGGACAACGCGAUGCCUGGAGUUCGGAUAUGCUGCAUCAAGUUCGUGCAACGAGUUGUUCAGACACAGACGCCUGGCGUGAUAAAAGAUCCCCGGCGGCCUGACCUGAACGAAAUCUCCCUUGCGCUCGUGCCUCGCGACCACCCAAUAUUGAUCCCCUCGAACCUCGAAGCAGAGGCUUCCGGUCUCCUUGACCGGUUGCUCGGCACACUACAAGAAGACAUCAGUGACCCACUGCUUGUGACUGCAACACUGAAUAGCUUAGGAAGCCUCAUUCGAAGUCGGGCAUCGAUUGCGAACAAGAUAAUAACGCAGGUGCUCAACUUCCAUCCGGUCAAGCUUGUGAGCGGCCCUGUGACGUCGAGAAGCAAACUGGUGGUCAAAUCGGUGGAGAAGACAACGAGGGCGCUCCUAGUGAACUCGAUGAAGAAAUCCCCUGAGAAUCCGAUGAACCCACGAAUACAGCAAUACAUUGAGCGGAUGCAACGUGCACGAAUAGAGUACUUCGAGAGCACUCGGAAGCGAUCAGCGCCAGUCGAGCCCACUAAUGGUGUGGACCAGACCAAGAGACAGAAGCUGGCUCCAGAAAAUACGAAACCCCCUGAGAUCACCCCAAUCCCGACGACCAUGACGUAUGCGCAGCUUUUCGGCAUAACGAAAGACCCCAUCAUCAAAUCCUUCGACGUGACAGCUAUCCCUCAAGACACCGUCGCGCGGAUAACUGUUCCGCUCUUACAAGCAGUGGACGAAACCAUGCUUCAGAAUGCACUGAACCUGGUGCGCACAAAAUAUCUAGAGCUGGGCAAGUCACGGCAGCAAGCAAUGGCCGCCCAAGCGGCGAAACAACAGGCCAUGGCUGAAGAUGACGAUGAAUACGAGCCCGACUUCCAGCCGCCCGAGGAUGCCGAGCAGCUUGCAAACAGACUUGACACUACAGAAGAAAGAGGUAUAGACCAGGCUCCUAUAUCUCUAGGAACCUUCAAACUCCCUCCCCCCGAGCCUUUCUCUGAAUUACAGCUUGCUGAAACGUGCAAGGCAACGGCGAAGCGCCUGUUUGGCGUGAUGAGCUCCACGAGCCCGAGCACACGCCAGACUGCGCCGAAAGCAGGCUUCAACAGGCUGGCGGCCAGCAGCUACGACCGGAAUUCAUGGGUGACAAUCAUCGUCCGCCUGGCCACAAGGGCAAGCGCCGGCAUAAGCGCAGCACCAAACGCCGUGAAAAGCGAAGAAAAGAAGCCCUCCUCCGUGACGCCUGAGGCGAUUUCGAACUCGAUCCGCGACGAUCUGUGGCACUACGUUGUCGAAGACUUCCGCCGACGGAUCGACGUCGCCAUCGCCUGGCUGACAGAGGAGUGGUACGGCGACUUCAUGAUCAACAAGCACGAGGGCAGGGUGGUGUCGAGAAACUACCGCGCCUGGACGAUGAAGCUGCUCAACGGCAUCCUGCCGUAUCUGGAUGCAAAGGACAAGAACGUGCUCAUCCGCUUCAUGGGCGAGAUCCCCGGGCUGGAAAAGGACGUCAUCGAUGCCGUCAAAGACCUGGCCCGAGAUCCCGAGCGCGUCGACAUGGUUGUGACUUCACUGCUAUACUGCAUCAUCACCAGACCGCCCGUACGCGACCUCUGCAUCGACGCAAUCGAGGACUUAUACCGCAACUACGAAGGCGCAAAGGCCCGCGCCGCUAAAGUGCUGCAGAAGUGGCGCCCGCAUGUCCUGGUGCAGGAAGAGCAAGCAGGCGGCCUCGCAAACGGCACAUCUGCACAGGCGGCCGCGCCGGUUGUUGUCAAGACGGAGACUGCUGUGUGAGGGGGGUUUUGGUUGGUUGGCUGGAUCGUAUCAUACACAGGCAUAUUCACGGCAUGUUCACAAGCACAUUAUAUCAGCAGCACAUCGCAUCGGCUUUAUGCCUAUAUUCAGAGUGUUUGCUCGUGGGGAUUGUAUUAUGUAGGAGGGCUUAGAUUUGAGGUCUCGGUUCGGGUCGGGGAUCGCAUCGGAUCGGAUGGUUUCGGACGUUUGAAGUCGGAUAUUCGUACUUGCUGGACUGUGGACUACGGAUGGCGGGACGGUAGCUUGUUUUGCGCUGCUGUUGAGCUGUGUUUAGGUUCGGAAUGGAAUGAUACUCAUGUGCGCGUGAAUGCAUGAUGGUG